AUUCACUCUAUCCGGUCUCCUACAGUACACACAACAUGGAAAUGCAAUUAUUUUAGUAAAUAUAAACUGCUAAAUACUUCUUGUGACUUCUAUCAGUGUCCAGCAGAGCACUGGUUAAAACUUGGAGGAGUUUUGUUUCUGCUCUAGGAGGAUGCAGAACCCCUGACCUCUGUCUGGACAGUGUUGAUUGGCCCUGAGCUGAUCACAUGCACUCUCCCAAGGAAAAAAAACAAAAACAAAAAACAACCUCUCUAGCAAUACACACCAAACUGAGCAUGUGCAGAGUGUUUCCACAUGAUAUGUCUUAUCAGGAGAGAAGAGGGGGGCACUGGAAGAAGGGGAGGAUCAGAGAAGUCAGGAUCAAACAGCGGUUUUGCACAAUGCAAAGGAUUAACCCCUUAGAUUCCACACAGUGAGCAUAACAAGCAUGCUUUACUGCAUAUACAGACUGAUUUUACUGUUGUAAGUUUAG